AACAAUAGGUCCCCCAAAUUGACAGCUGAGAGAGAAGAAAUGGCGAUGCUAGGAUCCUUUAGCUCUGCACAGCAGAAGAAAAAUGUUUCUGGAGGCGACAGGGACGUGACAGAGUUCGUCUGCCCGGUUUGUCUGGAGAUUUUUGAUAGCCCUGUCACUACACACUGUGGACAUACGUUUUGUCAAAGUUGUCUGCAGGCGUGCCUGAGGCCCCAAAAGCCAGUGUGUGCUGUGUGCAGGGCAGCACUGGGCCACUGGGCCAAGGCCACUGAUCUAGAUGCCCUCCUACACACCUCAGUGGCAGCCUGCAAGGGCUGUGGAGCACAGGUGGGCCUGUCCCAGAUGAGAGGCCACACGGCAGGCUGCUCCAAGUACCAGGAGUACAUUGAGGAGGGGGUCAGGACCACUGCCCAGACCCAGCCUAACAUUAUCGGCCCUGUGCCGAAUCGCUUCACCUUCUCCUGCCCCUACUGUAACUACCAGAACCUUGACCAGGACGGCCUGGUGGAGCACUGCACUUCCCAGCAUGCCCGGGACACGCGCCACGUGGUGUGUCCUAUCUGUGCCUCUAUGCCUUGGGGAGACCCUAACUACAGGAGCGCUGACUUCUUCCAGCACCUCAAGAUUAGACACACCUUCUCUUAUGACACCUUUGUCGACUACUCCACAGACGAACACACUAUGAUCCAGGAGGCUCUACAGCGCUCCCUCAUGGAGAACUGAGGUGGUGUAUGUCUGGAGGAAGGAGGCAAAGGGGAUUUGGGUGGGGGGGGGAAUUGCACUGCACCGUCCUUGAACUGGGCUAGUGGUGUAACCAUAGGCAACAGAAUAUUAAGGGUGGGUAGCACCUUCCUGCCUGCAUAACCAGGAAACUUUGAGGCCUACUGAACAACUCCUCUUUCCACUUUAAUAUUAGACAAUUAUCAUUCAAACAUAAAUAAACCAAUACAAGUUAAACACAGUUGAUGUGCUUUCUGGUGUAGGAGUGGUAGAAGAGUGAUGUCCCUGUAUCUCUCUCCAGGGAAGCGUGUUGUAUUGUAAGAUCGUUCAUAAAUUACUGAGUCAUGAUUUGAUCUGUUCAUUGAUAGCAUUGUCACAUAGGCCUGAUGUACCUGACUUCCAAAGUGAAUUUAGUUUGCUGCUGUUGAUUCUGCAAUAAGAGGCUUUGACCACUAGGUGGCUACCUUUUGCCAACAAAAUGCAAUGUGACCUUGUUCUUCAAUGCAAAAAAGCAUUGUAAGGUGUAAACUGCCAGUAACUCUUAUUCCAGGAGGAAUGUGUUUAUAUAAUGUGUACUCUAAGUACUUUUGCUGAUGAGAAUAGAUGUGUUCUGAUUCUCAAUCCUUCUCCCUGUGGUGUGCACUUGUUCACACAGGAAAGUUAACUAGUGUUUUUCUCCCAAGUAGAGACAUGGAUCUAGUGUGUUGCCUCGGAGCCUAGACUACUGACUGUGCUGACUAUGCUGAUAGAGGCUGCAUUCUGAGAGUAGGACCUCUAUGCAUGUGACAUAGGAGCCAUAUUCCUUGAACGUGGCAUCCCUCCGUAUAACCUCUCAUGGUUUUCGAGGUGCACGCUAGACCCUCUUGCUGGUAGAUGGUGUUCAUUUAAUUUAUUUAGUAUGGAUUGGUUAAGAUGUUAAGUAAGAACCUAAUACAAUCACGCAGUAUCUGUCGUUUUAUAUUGUUUAUCAUUGGACAAUUGGAUUUGAUGCACUGCUAUGGGCCCCCAGCAGGCUGUAGUUACCCAUGUUUGGCCAAAGGAGGGCAGUAGAGCUCCAUCACUCCCCAUCUAACCUUACAGGCACUGUCCCAUUUCCAACAUCAUCUCUAGACUUUCUAUUAAGAGUGCAGGCUUUCGUUCCAGUCCAGCACUAGCAUACACACACCUGUUUCGAAUAAUCAACUGAUCAUGGACCACGAUAAGCUGGAUCAGGUGUGUAAGUACUGGGCUGGAACAAAAGCCUGCUUACCUUAACUCCUGGGUGACACCCUUGCGCUGUCAUAGCUGGGUGGCUUUCAAUAGCAAAGAAAUAGGAAAACAUAUUUAGGGCACGAACAUGUUCAAUAAAAACAUUUUUGUUUUCUAUUUCAAAACAUUUUAUGCUAUCCAUUCCUCCUGAACAUGGCCCUAAUGUUGAAGGUGAACAUUUGAUGAGAAGAUUCAGUAAGAUUCAGAUGCAUCAGUAAAGAAUAUUUGUGAAAUUGCAUCCUAUUUCUUUAAUAAAAUAUUUGUUCUGGCUUUGUAGAGAUACUGUAUCUUCAUCUUAUACAGAGCUUUCACAUUAUGCCAGAGUUACUGCCACAAGUUCAUAAAACAUACAUCGACUUUAGUGAGUUUUAAUACAUUGAUCGGUUAUGUGUGGUCAUGGAAAUGAGGAUGGAACUUUAAAAAAGGGUGAUGCCUUUCUAUGCCUGGAAUGUGUAUGAAAAAAUGACAACAUUGAAAUCGAAUGAUUUACAUUUUUGCCCGAGUUUCAUCUUAAGUGGAGGUAGAGAAUAAUAAUUAAAUGCCUAAUUUUCCUUACAAUCAGUCAUUAAAUAGCUAGGUUAAUGAGCAGGUUUUUGUUUAUAAUUUGAGAAGUGUUCAUCGUGUCAUUUUUGUUAAUCAAGCUUUGUGUUGAAAUCUACGAACCUGUGGAAUCUAAGAUAAAUCAUGCUCAGCUGAAGUAGCACUGGUUCAGAGGCUGAAUAUGGUUUUGCAUUAUUGUACUUUAUACCGGGUGUUUUUUGUUUAGUUUUUUCUCCAAUAAAAACCUUUAUACGUGUGA